AUGAACCAGGGUCUAACGAUACUCGCAGCUGAACCGGACGACGAAGGAGAAUACUCGUGCGUUGCCAUCAGCAGCGCAGGAAGAAAUGAAGGUCGAAUUCCGCUUGAAGUCCUAAAGGCCCCGGUUAUUGCCCCAGGUGAAAUUGUUCAAGUGAUCGAAGGGCAGACCGGCGAGCUUAUGUGCGAUGCGAGUGGAAGCCCUACGCCGCAAAUCGAGUGGAUCGUCAACGGUGUUAGUGUGCAAGGAGAUGACCGGAUGUGGCUUUCUGGCAAGUUGCUUCGAAUUAAUAAUGUCCGAAGACAAGAUUCCGGCGUUUACAUGUGCGUGGCGACUAAUCUGGCCGGCAGGGCACAACAAACAUACAACUUGGAAGUUCUUGUUCCACCGAAAAUCAUAACUCAGGCUCGAGACGAUGUGGAGGUGGCACUCAAUCAUAAGCUUGUGCUGGAAUGUCGUGCUACAGGCCAUCCGGAACCUCAGGUGAAAUGGUUCAGAAACGGAGUCCCGAGCGAUACACUUUUGAAUUAUGAAGUACAUUACAUGCAAAAUUAUGUCGUUGGUAUUGAGAACGUGUUUCAGAGUACGCAGUCGGCAGAACUGAUCAUCACAGCAAGUCUUUCGGAUGAUCAAGCGCUUGUAAAGUGCGUGGCAUCCAACGCGGCUGGUGAAGACACGAAGACCUAUCGAAUAAGUGGUGAUCACGAGUGGCGUGAGAGGAAACUUGUCAUCGGAGGCAAUGGCACCGACCGCAGUGUAGCUCGCAUUGACAAGGUUCGACUGCAUGACAAGGGCAAUUACUCAUGUGUGGUCAAAAACGCGGCUGGCAACGCUACUCAAGUGUUCGUGCUGAAUGUUGGAGUUCCAAAAGAGAAGUUUCGUGUUGUGUCAGUCGAGUGUGAUGCAGAAGGUAGGCCAAAAAAGACGACGUAUGUGCCGGCGAGGGGUGACAAUCCCGAUCUCAAUCGCCCGUUAUUGCCAUGGGAUGAAGAAAACAUCGAUCUGCCGGCUAACGGCACAAAUGGCAUCAUUAUUAAAUGUCUGACAAACUACGAGCAGCGGAAAAGUCGUGAAGACGUGUUGCCAACCUCACCGCUGCUAACCGAGUUUCCGAAGAGUCAACAGGUCCGCGUAGGCGAUUCGGUCACUCUCAGCUGUAGUGCAAUCGGUAACCCUGUGCCCGAAAUUCUGUGGAUGUACAAGCGGAAACUCAUUCGAGGAGCGAUGACAGCAGAUCGAGGUCGCAGCCGCAUCAUGUUGACCAACGUCGGCCAUAGCCAAGCCGGCCGUUACACGUGUCUCGCGCGUAACAGACACGGCUCGACGCAGGCAUUCGCCACAGUAAAAGUGAACGGUUUUAACGCUUGUCCGCCAGACACGGUUUGUCAGUUCCACUGCAUCAUGAUACGCAAUUCAUCUGUGUGUGUCUGCCCUUUGGGUUACCGGCUUUCCGCUGAUCAACGAACUUGCGAAGACAUCAACGAGUGCCAAGAAGGUGCGGUUCCGUGUGCCGUUGGUGAGCUCUGUUUCAAUACCAAAGGUUCUCACCACUGUUUGCGCGUUGACUGUCCGCUGAACUAUGAGUUUAUAGCAGACACGAGCGUUUGUCAACGCCUCUGUCAGUCCGAUACUGAUGUGAAUUGCAACGAUAGCUUCCCCGAACGCAUCGAGGUUCACCAAAUUGCACUACCGAAUAAAAUUUACAAAGGAUUCGAAGUACUGAAACUACGGACAAGCGCCCUGACGGCGGAUGGCCGUGAACAAUACGUAGUUUUGGCAAGCGAUUCCGACGAACUGCCAUUCGAUUUUCGAUAUGCUGAACACGGAGACGUGAUGUACACAACACGUGCUUUGAAUCAGGCCAAGACUUACACAUUCACUGUGUUGACUCCAACCUUAUUAGAUGUCGAUCGCAGAAGAAACUUUCGCCGACAGUUGAUGUUUAUCGCUUCUGUAUCGUACUGUCCAUUUUGA